CAGCCUCUAGGUGGUGUUGUUGGUUCAUGACAAGUUGAUGUAAAUUGCUUGGCUUCAUUUUUGUUAUUAGUGAUUAAAAGAUUGACGAAAAGAAGCCAACAAUCAAUUGUCAAACAAUGAGCCGAACCGAUCGAAGUGCUGAAAAUGUUAAACGUUUACGAGAAGCCUUUAGACAAGAAUACUUAACUAACCCAGACCUUUACUAUGAUCAAGAUUAUCAAAAGCUAGAAACAGAUGAUUGGUAUGUGAAACGGUUCUUCUUGGCACGCAAUCGAAAUGAAACAGCAGCCCUUCAAAUGAUCAUUGAGGCUAUGAAAUGGCGAAAACACUACAAAAUCAGAGAAUUUCGUGAUCAGCAUUUUUCCAUGGAGUUUUACAAGAUUGGUACUUUGUUCAUUUAUGAAUGUGAUCUAGAUGGUUACUUAACGGUUUACAUUAGAGUUAAAAUGCAUCUCAAAGUACCUGAGUUAAAUGAUCAUUGCCAGAAAUUUUUAAUUCAUGUUCUAAACAAGGCAGAUAUUUUGACUAGAGGUAAUGGUAUUGGUAUAGUUUUUGACGUUACUGGUGCUAGCUACGGUAACUUGGAUCUGGACUACAUGAAAUUUCUAAUCAACAUCGGAGCAAACUAUUUUCCCGUCGGUGUAAAAUAUAUUUUAGUGGUUAACGUUCCUUGGACAUUUAAUGCUUUCAGACGAGCCGCCCUUUCUUUUUUACCUUCAUCUUGGUUUGGUUUGAUUAAAUUUGCUAAUGGAAAAGAAAUUUUCAAUUUCAUCGACAAAUCAUCAGUUCCUGAUUAUUUAGGCGGAACCUGUAAACGUAGUUACCGAGCCAUACCUCCUGGUUGUCGAUCUAUGUCUCAAGUACUUACUGAAUUAGGCUACACCCAAGAAGACAUUGAUAAUAUUUCCUCAAAAUUCUCUAACGUAUUGGAAGAGGCUUCGAAAUCAUUGGAAAUUGAAGAUUACGUUAAUCCAAACCCAGAUUUCUGGGACUCGUGCGAUGAUGAAAAUGAGACUAAAGAUGGAAGUAUCACGGACCUAGAAUCAACAGAUUCAAACAAUAAAUGUUUGAUUAUCAAUACGUCCACAAGUAUAAGAUUUAGAUAUGAUUACCGUGACCGAGCUUAUGGAGCUACUUUAAUGAUGUCUAAUCCAUUAGAAUCUCCUGUUGCCUUCAGAAUUAAGUCGACAAAUCCAUCAAAAUACACUGUUAGUCCAAGUUUCGGAAUAAUCUCACCAAAGAAAACAAUGACUGUUACUAUUAAAUUUAAUCAAGACUCUGGAUCUGCAAUUGUAAAUGACAAAUUUUUAAUACUUGGCUUGCCCAUCAACAGACCUCGGUUAACAGCUGAAGAUUUUUACAAAAUCUGGAUUCAGCAAAAAAGUAAAAUAUAUUCAAUCAAAUUGUUGCCUAUUUUGGAAUCCGAACAAGCUUAUGAUGGUAUCAACGAUGAAGAUGAUGAUUUUGUUGAUAACAAGAUACGGCAAAGAUUUGCUCAAAAUAAGAAAACUCUAAUCAAUGGUAAUUUAAAAAGCGGCAAUAACAACCAAUUUGAUCAACAUAUUAAUCCAUUAACAGAAAAGGUUGAUACAUUGGUUAAUCAGCAAAAAAAGACUUGGCUAUUUCUUGUUGUUAUUAUUUUUCUCUAUUUUAUUUUCUUGUUUUGCGUUUUGUUUUUAUCUGAUUCGGUUCAUUUUCUUCGAUUUUUUCGAUCAGUCAGCUAUUCAAUGUUAAUGGCCAAUUCAACUGACAAAUCCUUUGAAAGUUUCAUCUAAUGCUAAUUUUAGUCAACAAUUCAAUCUACAAGUUGACUUAAAAAAAUCAUCAUUUGUUCAAAGUUAUUGCAAUUAAACAUUGUGACUGUGAAUAUACAAAAAAAAAUGAGUCUCUCUGUGUAAAUAGAGGCACAUUUUUUUCAUUUUAUUAUUUAACUUUAAUUGUUAUGUUAUAUGAAAUAUGAAUACUCUAUUUUCAAUACUGUUUACAAAUUAAACUCAAUGUUUUUCCACAGCAA